GUGCUAAUUGGUUUUUCUUUUUUUUUUUAAGGCUAUUAGCAAAAAAAGAUGGUGGAUCGCUUGGCAAACAGUGAAGCAAAUACUAGACGUAUAAAUAUAGUAGAACACUGUUUUGGAGCAGCUGGUCAACCCUUAACUAUACCUGGACGGGUUCUUAUUGGAGAAGGAGUAUUGACUAAGUUGUGCAGAAAAAAGCCCAAAGCAAGGCAGUUUUUCUUAUUUAAUGAUAUUCUUGUAUAUGGCAAUAUUGUCAUCCAGAAGAAAAAAUAUAACAAACAACAUAUUAUUCCCCUGGAAAAUGUCACUAUUGAUUCCAUCAAAGAUGAGGGAGACUUGAGGAAUGGAUGGCUUAUCAAGACACCAACUAAAUCAUUUGCAGUUUAUGCUGCUACUGCCACCGAGAAAUCAGAAUGGAUGAAUCACAUAAAUAAAUGUGUUACUGAUUUACUCUCCAAAAGUGGGAAAACACCCAGUAAUGAACACGCUGCUGUCUGGGUUCCUGACUCUGAGGCAACUGUAUGUAUGCGUUGUCAGAAAGCAAAAUUCACACCUGUUAAUCGUCGUCACCAUUGCCGCAAAUGUGGUUUUGUUGUCUGUGGGCCCUGCUCCGAAAAGAGAUUUCUUCUUCCCAGCCAGUCCUCUAAGCCUGUGCGGAUUUGUGACUUCUGCUAUGACCUGCUUUCUACUGGGGACAUGGCCGCAUGCCAGCCUACUAGAUCAGACUCUUACAGUCAGCCACUGAAGUCUCCUUUAAAUGAUGUAUCUGAUGAUGAUGACGAUGAUGAUAGCAGUGACUAAGGACAUAUUUUGAAAUAUUUAAUUGGGUGUGACUAUCUAAAAAAUCAGCUUUGAGGGGAAUGUAAAAUUCUGAGCUCUCUCACUUUUGCUCUAGCCAUGAAUUUGCCUGAGAAACUUUUAACCUAUGUGCCUCAAUAUAUCCUAUAGAAAAUAGGUCCUGUCAUCGUCCCCCUCCCCACCAACUCCGCACUCUUCUACAGGGAUAGACUAUUGAAAAUAUAUCAGAUAAAUAUUUUGUUUCUUAUUCUUGUUUAAUUCUAGAUUAUUUUCUUGGAAGGUUGGGGAAAGAUGUUUAUUUAACAGAUCAUGUACUACAUUGUUGUUUAUUAUAUGUUCUGUUACGUGGAAAAACUGAGCAAAGAAUGAUGGAAAAAGGAGUGUAAUGUGGUUAGUUAAUAAUAUUAGCUUUUUUUUUAAACCUUCCUAUCUAAUGGUUAAGACACCAGUAACAAAAAUAUAUGCUUUGGAAAUCCUUUGUUUGGCUUUUUCAUAUACCAAAUGGUGCCUUAUCACAGUAGCACUGUUACAUGAAAUAAGCCCCGACUUGCUCACUUUUCAUUUUGUUUUAAAAAUACACUGGUGCUCUUUGAGGUGAUAAAAUGAGUGUUGGUGAAUGGAUGUAAUUGGAAAAUACUUCUCAUCCAACAGCUACCAAGUACUGAAUUUAGAGGUUCUUCAUUCUAUAUGAAUAUUUUCCAUAUAAAAUAGUUGUGAUUAUAUUUUGUUUUAUAGGUACCAAAUUAUAAUUUGUCAAUACAUAUUUUAAAUAGGUUGUCAUUAUUAGGAAUUUGGUUUGAAAUUUAUCAAAUAUAGAAUGGUCAUAUUGCAUUAAUUUCUACUUUUAGUAAGACAUUUGUAGAUAAAAAUUCAUCUGAUUUAAUAUUAUUUCUAAAAUGAAAAAUCUUAUGAAACCUUUGAAAUUAAAUAAUCUCUUAAAACAAAAAAAUCCCAUAAUAGAGCACAGAUCUACUUAGGCUGAAUAUUUGGAAGAAAUAAUGUGUAAGAAAGGUCAAGACAGACCAGUUAAGUUUGACUAGACUUCAUACCUGUAGAAGUGUUAUCUAUUUCAGUGUGAAACUAUCUUGAAUUUACAAAUAUAGUGUUAUAUUUUAUAAAGUUUUGUAAAGUCCCAAACAAUAUUUCUAUUUUUAUAAAACAAUUGUAUGUUUAAUCUGUUUCUGAAAUCAUUUUACAAUCUAUGGAAAUGGAGUAGCAAUUGAUCUUUCUAAAUUGUGAUCUUUAUUGAGUCAGUGUAGAUUGCUUAUGAGAAGUGGCAGUUUUUCACUCUUCGCUUCUGAGGCAGCCAUUAGGUUGAAGGUAUAUUUAUGAUAUAAAACGUGAUGCAUUUUGCACAACUCUCCAUUUGUAUGCUGCAAAUAACUACAGUCUUUCAAAUAUGAAAAAUCAGUCUAAAGUUUGUUUUAAAUAUUAAAUUCUUUUGUUUUUAAAUAUUUAAAUCUGAACAUAUUGCAAAUGUCAUAAGAGUUGAUUCAGUAACUUGUGCUGGAGGGUUCUUUGGUUUGGUUAAGGCGUUAACUUUACUGUUAAAUUGUGAAAGCUCCUGAGAUAUAUAGAUCUCCCUGUAGGAAAUGUGAAAGAAAGGCACAGCAGGUUUUUUGUUUGUUUUAAUAUCAGAUGGACAUUUGUUUCUAAGCAAUAUAUACAUAUAAUCAAUCAACAUAUCUGAAAAGGACCAUGAAACCUGAGAAGUGCUAAUGGAGACUUCCUGGUACACGGGAACCAUGGGGAUGUUCUGAGAUAUUUGCAUUGUCAACCUCUAUUGACUCUGUUUUUACAAUAAAAAAUAUUUUACAACU